UGCCGCGCGCUACCACACACACACAGACAGGCAGCCAGUCAGUCAGUCCUUUAGUGCGCGUUUAGCAGUGGUGGCGAAAGGACGUGCGUGGUGGUGGCCUUCCCCUGGCGCAGUGUAAGGAGGCGAUAGUGUGAUCCGUGUGACUAGUGUGAUACCCCAGGCCUCAGUGUGGUGGGGAGGCCAUGUGUGUUUGUAGGGGAAGGGGACGCCGCCCCCUACUCCCCCCGCGGCUUGGUGAAGUGAACAAAGUGAAAGAAAUUGAGAAAGUGCAAGAGGAAGUAAAGAUUAGGAGGCGAAGGAGGAAAAGGGCUGGCGGGUGUGUGUGACCAACCCUCACCGCCACGCCCUUGCUACUGCUGCUCCUCUCCUCCUCCUCUUCCUCUUCUUCCUCUUCUUCCUCUUUCUCCUCGGGCAGUCAUUCGUCAUGGUUCUCAACAGUGAGGAGGGCGGGGAAGGUGCGGGCGAGGGAGGGGACGCGGCCCCGCCCACGCCGCGGCACCACCACUCCAAGCACCAACUCAAGUACGGCGAGCUGGUCAUCCUCGGGUACAAUGGCUACCUGCCACCCUGUGAUAAGGGCAGGAGACGGAGCAAGUUUGUGCUGCAUCGGCGGCCAGGUGCCAAUGGGGUCAAACCGGCCAGGCACUAUGUGGUGCGGACACCCCAGAACACACAGGCCAUUUUGGACACACAGCAGCACAGCAUAUCCUACACCCUGUCCAGGAACCAGGCGGUCAUCGUGGAGUACCAGCUGGAUUCCGAGACAGACAUGUUUCAGAUUGGGCGCUCAUCUGAGACUCCUAUCGACUUUGUGGUUAUGGACACGAUACCUGGCGACAAACACGGGGAGAUGAAGGUCACCCAGAGUACAAUAAGUAGAUUCGCGUGCCGGAUCAUCGCUCACCGCACGACGCGCACCACUCAGGUUUAUGCCGCUGGCUUUGACUCCUCCCGCAACAUCUUCCUUGGGGAGAAGGCGACUAAGUGGCAAAACAAUGGGGAGAUUGACGGCCUGACCACCAACGGUGUGCUCAUCAUGCACCCGCCCACCCAGUUCUGUGGAGGGGAGGCCAGGCCGGGCAUCUGGAGGGAGGUGUCUGUUGGGGGGGGAGUGUACGCACUACGGGAGUCUCGGUCUGCGCCUCAAAAGGGGAACAAGAUAGAGGAAGAGACUAACGUUCUACAAGAUGGGACGUUAAUAGACUUGUGUGGUGCCACGUUACUCUGGAGGUCUGCUGAAGGCUUAGGGAAGUCUCCGACCAAACGACACCUUGAACAAAUGGUGGACGAGCUGAAUGCAGGUCGUCCCCAGUGUCCCGUGGGGCUGAACACACUGGUGAUCCCCCGCAAGGCCACACUCACCUCCACCGAGAAGCAGCCUGUGGUGUACCUCAACUGUGGCCACGUGCAGGGGCUUCACGAGUGGGGUCACGAAAAAGACUCCAACUCACACACCUGUCCCAUGUGUCUUAAGGUUGGGCCCGUUGUCAAGUUGUGUAUGGGAAUAGAACCAGCAUUUUACGUCGACAGUGGUCCUCCAACUUUCUGUUUCAAUCCCUGUGGACACAUGGCUUCAGAAAAAACUGUGAGGUACUGGGCUGCGGUACCCAUUCCCCAUGGGACUAAUGGGUUUCAUGCCGCCUGUCCAUUCUGCGCCUCACCACUGGAAGGUGAUGCGGGGUUUGUCCGCCUCAUAUUUCAAGAUAAUUGCGAUUGAAUUCCCUCCCUUUGUACACUAUAGUAUUAUAUAUGGACAUCCUCCCAUAAUGUAUCACCACCCUUCACUUUAUUUUGCACUCUCGCAUAUUUGUUAAUGAUGCUGGGUAUAGAAAGUACACCUCAGAUAUCACUCUUGUAUCAUGAAAUCUUGUGUUCUUAUGCAGAUUAGUAGACUACUCUUCCUUAUGAUGAAUAACAUAUAAUCUGCAGCCACAGGGGGCACCAGUGUUAAUGUCUGACAAAUUACAGAACUAUGCAUCACAUGCAGCUGACCCUUUGCUCAUGACCAAAGCAUGCAAAUUAUUUAUGAUAAUUGUAGUUAUUUGUGAAUCUCUUUAAACUUUAAAUUAGGGUUCAGUACAUUGUAUUAUGUUCCUGUAUUGAAGGAGCUUUUGCAUUUGUGUUUUGGCGAGACAAAAAGCCAGUGUGGAGUUGCUUGUCUUGCUGGAGUUGAUGCCAGUAUUUAUUCACUUCCCUCCACCACAGGAAGGUAACACCCCCAUUGCUGUCAUGCUGCAGUGCUGAACUUGUUGAGUUGAUCUUCCUCCCAGUUACCUCAAGAUGGAUUAUUAAUGUUGCUUUUCAAACCUUUGCAUUAUUGCAGAAGAAGAAUGCUUGAUAUACAUAUUGCUGUGCAAACAUGGUGCUUACCCCAGCACUGGUGCCAAUUAAUGAAGCUUGUAAGCCUGUUCACUCAUAUAUUAAACAUUUUUGAGGUAACUACAGGCCCAGUGAGACACCUUGGUCAGGGGAAGGCAUGUUGCCUGUCUUGCCCCCUCCUAGCAGCUGCACUGGGGUAGAGUUAGUCAGUGGAGGACUACUGAUGAAGCUGUGCAGGUGAAACAGUCCUUGGCCAAGAAGCUGUUCAUGCAUAAACCAUGUUGAGGAACUGUCCGGGAAGAAAGUUGUUUUGCUUCACACGGUUAUUUAAUUACAUCAGAUUCUAAGUGCAUAUCUGAUUGAAGGUUAUCUUGUUUUAAGAGUGCAAUAUUGUCAUGUACUGGUGAAGAGGUGGACUGUCCAGUUUUAUCUUUGUAUUUAUGUUGUUUUGAAGCUAUGAAUAUAAUGUGAGUCAUGAGAAGUGAUCUACUUGUUAAGUGUAUUUUGUGUGCCUGAUACUAUGGGUCCGGCCUGUAGAUUGCUCUCAGUACACCUCUCUCCACAUCCGCUGCUCCCGUGAGCUAGACAGGAAAUGAAGGCAUUCUUCUGCUUUGUGACUGGCCUGAGGAUGAAGCUGAAAUUACAUCUUUUUUAAAAAUAAUUUAAACAUCUAUAUAUUGGCAUUCUUCCAUUGUGGCAUUUAGGGAAGAAUUUGCCGUCAUCAUUGUUAUAAUUUUAAGCUAGAUUAGCUUAGGACCACUGAUAAUGACCUAGUGAUGACUUGUGUAUUGCAGUACAUGACAUUAGAAGUGUGUUGAGGUUCCCAUGUGUUUAGUUCAUUGUGUUAUGUUAAGACAGGAAACAUGAUUUGAUGUAAUGCGAGGUAUGGAGCCUGUGGCCUUACUCUCCACUGGGUGAGGAGGGAUUCUUCUUGGAUGACCACAAAUUAAUUUUAAGAACGGGAAGACUUAUGGGACAUACAUUAUGAAACAAUUGAGAGGACACUUUCAGAAUUUAACAUAACCCUGAAAGUGGUGCUUCUUUAGUAGUCAUGAAUCCUUUUUUUGUGUGUUUGUGUGCUAGAUGAGUGACUGCAGCACCUGAAGGUUUGCUAAUUAUUUAUAACAUACCUGAGUAACUCAUGUGAAAGAAUAUGGGCUUUCAAUUUCUGCUGAUUAUGUUUCAAAUUCCCUAAAAUGUCCCUUUGAGCUCUGGAAGAGUAUGUAUUUUCAAAUGGAAGAUUGAAAUUAUUAUUCAUAUUUGCUGACCACCUUGCUUUGUACCACGUGUUGAGAACACAGCAUGAUACCUGAUACGAACACCUUUUGCAGUGUUAUUAGUUUGAUUCACGCAUACAGAGCUCCCAGCCACACUGAACACCACACUGCUCUUAGAAAGUGGUCUUUUUCAGGAGUAAGUUCUAAAAGUGUCAGCUGUAGAUUCUUCCUAAGAUGAUAUUUUCUAAAUUGAAUGCAUAUAUUGUGAAAGCAGUAAUGAUUUGCAGUAUUGUUCUCAGGCUGCUGCUGUAAUUCUUCCAGCACAAAUUCAAAUAACUUUUCAUACGAGGAUACUCAUUUGUUAAGGCAUGUUGUUGCUUAUUGUUGAAAGAAUGUAAUUAAAAGGAGAGACUACUUAUCAAAAAUGCAUACCGUUGCAGAAUAUAAUUAUGACAGACACCUGUAUUAUAGGAGACAUAGCAUAAGUAUGACUUGUUAGAAGAAAUUAUAGGCUGACAUUUUUAAAAUCUAAAAUCCUUGUUAUUAGGUUUUCUUGUACAAUCUUAUGUAUCCUUUGUUCUGUCAUUGAAUGUGUGUGUGUGUGUGUGUGUGUGUGUGUGUGUGUGUGUGUGUGUGUGUGAGCUUGAUGAAAAGUUAGGACAUUUAACAGAACAGAAUAAUAAUAAGAAAGUAAACUUUAUUUGAAGCAAACAGCAGAAUGGGAGUCAGCAAAAUCUCAGUAGACCAUAGGCAGGAAGUUGUUGUUUGUUGGUGGCCUUGUGCAGAUGAGGAUCAGUAAACAUAUCAGCUUCAGAGGAUGAAAAUCACCAAGAUUGAGUUGGCAGUGGUGGUGGUGGUUUAGGUAGUCCCUCAGGCCAGUACCCUCCCAGUGAUGGCAGGACCACCACUCUGUCCAGUCCCAGAAGUAAAUGUUUUAUAUCACAAGACCCUCUGCUUACCAUUACUGCUCAAGCAUUUUUACAUUCCUGUUUUAUUUUUCCUGUCCACUUCCUCGGUGGCCUGUCUUAGCACCUGACCCAAGCUGUUGGUCAGGAUGUAGCUAAAGACUUUGAUCAAUACCAAGUAGUGAUGUUUUAAAUAGCUGUGUACUAAGUCCAUUCUAGAAGUUUGACCCAUAGACCACUGGAGAGUGGGGAGCCCAGCCUUCAGGUGUCACCAUGUUUGUCUGCUCACAAUUAGCAUUUGGUUUUCCUGAAGUCAGUUUUCAGCUAUGAAAGUUGUGCAUCAUUUCAAGGAACAGGUGUUGUAUAUCAAAAAACAUGUACACACAUUCCAGCCUGCAACUACAAGAAGCAUUUGCAAGUUUUGAAAUGUAAAAUAUAUCUUUAGACAAGUGAGUAAAUCAUGACUGUUGGACAACAGUCAUGUAUGUGCUCUUUGAAAUUAUAUAAGCUAAAACCGAUGAUUGGAUGCUAACACGUCACCAGUAAUCAUUGUUGAGUGGGCUGCACAGUGUAUCAAAAGCACUUCUUCAAACAUUGGGAGUGGUGUGCCAGUGUGAGCGGGAGCAGUUUUCUCCCCGUUGUUGUUACUGUGGGAGAUCUGUUGCUCCAGCACUACUGAGAGGCUGCAGGUGGAGCUCUAGUGUUCUUGACUCAUUGGGGAGUCGUAAGUUACCCAGUUAGGCUGUACAUAAAAAAUGAUGUCCCUUUGUACUGAUAAACUAUUUUUGUACUCAGAUGUGGAACUUAGAGGUAGUCAUUACAAUGAUAACUUACUACAUUACUUGUAUUACCUUGCAUGUACAUCAUCUUUGUGAGUGGAGGUCUGUUACUGGGAACCUUUGCUUCAGGAAUGAAUUAAUUGACUUGCACUACGGAGCCCUUCAGCUUUGUGAGUGCAAGACCAGGAUAACUAGGAGAUAGGACCAGGAAAGUGCCAAGCAAGGUAGAGGACAAUAUCAAACUAGGAAAUCAGGACUAAUUUAGUGGAUUUCAUGCAUACACAGAGAUGAAUUGUUCUUUGUGUGCAUGUGUUAGUGUGUGUUUGUGUGAAGGCAUAGUUGAUGUAGGCAGGCAAGUUGCUAGUAAGCCUAGGUGUUGGCACUUGAAAAUUAGAGAUAACCACGUGAGAUUUGAGUAAGACUGUGGAGGGAGAUUAGAGCCCCAAGGGAGUGUUGGAGCUAAGAUGAAAGGACCUCCUUUUGACCUUACCAAUGUACUGCAGGCUUUUAGGUGUAAAGCUACAUAUUUCCUUUAUUGGAUAAAUAUACUCUUUCUGUAUCUAGUCCAGCUCUUGGUUAUCCAGAAGGGGGAAAAAGAUUAUUUGUAUAUACAGUGAAUAGUGGAAUUUAGCAGCAUGUUACGUAGGGAGCACUGCUGGAGAAGUAAAGGGCAUUCAUAUUUGUAUUAGUCUUGAGAAAAUACAAUUCUAUAAGAUGAUCAUGCUAUCAAGAGUUUUUUUUAUUAUUAUUAUUAUUAUUAUUAUUAUUAUUAUUAUUAUUAUUAUUAUUAUUAUUAUUGUUAUUAUUAUUUUUUUUAUUAGCUUUGUACACACCUAUCGCACACUGAUGGGGCGUCGUGUUGAGGGAAGAGUUUGAGUGCAGUCAUUGUACAGGAGAAUGGAACUGUGCAUGUUAUUUUUGUCAAUUAUGAGCUCAUUAAUAACAGGAAAACUG